UCCAAAGGGCUGGUGCGGGAGGGGGGAACGAGGGCGGUUCGAUGGGAAAGAUGGUACGGACCUAACUUCUCUCCGGCCUCUUAUUGUGUAAUAUAGGGGAGGUAGGGGAUUCCUAGAGCCAGUGGCCCUGCUCUGGUUAGAGAGGUCCUACUCUCAAUCACGUGUUCCUAUACCAAUUGCAGAACUGUCGGGGUCCCAAUCUCAGGGUAUUUUUGAGAUUCCAAAAGAGCCAGUCUAGAUCUGAUGGCGGCACCGGUCCGAUUGGGCCGGAAGCGCCCGCUGCCGGUUUGCCCCAAUCCACUCUUCGUUCGUUGGCUGACUGAGUGGCGGGAUGAGGCAGCCAGCAGAGGGCGCCACACGCGCUUUGUGUUUCAAAAGGCACUGCGCUCCCUCCGACGGUACCCGCUACCUCUGCGCAGCGGGAAGGAAGCCAAGAUCCUUCAGCACUUCGGAGACAGGCUCUGCCGGAUGCUGGACGAGCGGCUGAAGCAGCACCUAGCAUCAGGCGGUGACCAUGCCCCCGGCCUACCACCUGGAGAGAAGAAUCAAGCCAGUGAAGAGCCACCUGCUCAAGGCCAGGACUCUCCUGUGCCAGUUCCCACCCAGCCUCAAACAGGAAGUGCCGGAAGCUAUUGGCCAGCACAGAACUCGGGUGCCCGUGCUGUCCUGCUGCAGCUCUACAAGGAGCACCUGAAUCCUGAUGGUAACAGCUUCCUAACCAAGGAGGAGCUGCUGCAGAAAUGUGCCCAGAAGGCCCCCAGGGUAGUUCCUGGAAGUUCGAAACCCUGGCCUGCCCUCCGAGGCCUCCUCCACAGGAACUUGGUCCUCAGAACACAUCGGCCAUCCAGGUAUGCACUGACCCCAGAGGGCUUGGAGCUGGCGCAAAGGCUGGCCAAGGCAGAAGGCCUGAGCACGCUGAACACUGGCAUUGUGCCAGAGGAGCCCCAUGAAGAGGAGUCAGCAGCCCCAGCGGCCACUUUGUCAGCACUUGGCUCCAGUGAAGGUGGCGUCCAGCAGCCGCCGCUGGAGCUGAGGCCUGGCGAGUACAGAGUGCUGUUGUGUGUGGACACUGGAGAAACCAGAGGGGCAGGACACAGGCCAGAAAUGCUCCGAGAGUUACAGAGGCUGCAUGUGCCCCACACAGUACGCAAGCUGCAUGUUGGGGACUUUGUGUGGGUAGCACAGGAGACCAGGCCCAGAGACCCAGCGAGACCUGAGGAGUUAGUCUUGGACCACAUUGUGGAACGCAAGCGGCUAGAUGACCUGUGCAGCAGCAUCAUCGAUGGCCGCUUUCGAGAGCAGAAGUUCCGCCUGAAGCGCUGUGGCCUGGGGCACCGGGUAUACUUGGUGGAGGAACAUGGGUCUGUCCACAACCUCAGCCUUCCUGAGAGUACAUUGCUACAGGCUGUCACAAACACCCAGGUCAUUGAUGGCUUUUUUGUGAAGCGCACGAUGGAUAUUAAGGAGUCAGCUGGCUACCUGGCCCUUCUGACAAAGGGCCUAGAAAGACUGUAUCAGGGCCACACCCUACGUAGCCGCCCCUGGGAAACCCCAGGGGGUGCUGAAUCAGGAGCAAGGCCUUCCACAGACCCUCUCUGCUCACUCCUCACUUUCAAUGACUUCAAUGCAGAAGCUGUCAAGAACAAGGCCCAGUCUGUACGAGAAGUAUUUGCCCGGCAGCUGAUGCAGGUGCGUGGACUAAGUGGAGAGAAGGCAGCAGCCCUGGUGGAUCGAUACAGCACACCAGCCAGUCUCCUGGCUGCCUAUGAUGCCUGUGCCACCCCUAAGGAGCAGGAGAUGCUGUUGAGCACUAUUAAGUGUGGGCGUCUGCAGAGAAAUCUGGGACCUGCUCUGAGCAGGACCCUGUACCAGCUAUACUGCAGCCACAGCCCUCUGACCUGAGCUCCACCUGGAGACACAUCCCAGACCCAUCUUCACUUCUGCCAAAGAUAGCCGGCCCUUUAACUGGGGUUCUUUGGGCUAUAAUCAAAAUCUAAACGUUUGUGGUCUUAGGAGUUAAGGAAGCAAUGCCAAGGUCCUCAUGAAAUAUGUAGGAAAGGGGAGACUACACUUUGUGAUCCAAUGACUUUUGUUUUGUAGUAGUAUUGGUGAUGGAACCCACAGCCUUGUGCAUGCUAGGCAAUUCCUCUUCCACACAGCAAUGAUCUGCAGCCUUGUACAGUGUUUCUCCACCUACUUCUGAAACCCAGCUUGGCCUAGAACAUGCUGUGUAACCCAGGCUGGCCUAGAAUUCCCAGUCUUUCUAGGCCCACCUUCCUAGUCCUGGAAUUAAAGGUGUGAACCACUA